UUCGUACAUGCCCCUUUUUAGGGCCAACAAACAGCGGGCUUUCAAGGUCCCGUCACCGGUGUCAGCCAGCUCCUAACGCCCGUCGCAGCGAAUUGAUUGGCGCCUACGUUUGCAGCUGAAAAGACGUCGGGCUUCGGACAUCAGUUCCCGUCCCCUGCACGGCCUCGGAUUACAUAAAAUCAUUCGGUACCGAAGGAUCUUUGUGAGACGAAACAGAUACUUAAGUCGACGACAGCCCUUUUCGAUGAAUGAGUAGAUGCCAACUUAACUAUCCGCGACUUUCUAUUAUCUCGAGACUCCCCGCGUCGUGAAGACCAUCACUGCACAGCUUCUCCUUUCAGCGGGCACCUACCCACUAUUGAAUUGAACCAACCACAGACGCCACCGCUGCCCGAACAGGAAGGGAAUUUGGGGCAGUCCGGCCGUCUCUUUUCAUAACGAUCACUCUAUUUUGUCUCGUGUCUCAUUCUCGUCUUACUACCCUCGACUCGCAUUUUAUGAAACUUCUUUAGGCCUAAGCAAAGAUGGCUACAAGAAGCAUUCUGACUGGGCGGCUCCCCACCGUCGUGGGAACCGUAGCGCUAGCUGGUGUCGGGCUUGGCAUAUACUCACGAUACAUGAUGGGCGUGGCACACGCAGACAGCGGCAUGCCGCCAAAGGCCUUUGGAGGUGGCCCGGCCUUCUUGUCACUUCAACUGGAGAGCAGUGAGGUCGUCAAUCACAACAUGAAGAAACUACGCUUUGCACUGCCAACAGACCAACACGUCAGUGGAUUGCCGCUUACAUCUGCUCUGCUUACGUUUUCUUGGCCGAAAGGCAGCAUUCUACCCUGUGUACGCCCUUACACGCCCAUCACACCUAGUGAUGAGCCUGGUGUCCUCGAGUUAAUGGUGAAGAAAUACCCCAACGGCAAGCAGAGUACUCACAUCCACUCACUGCAGCCCGGCGAUUAUCUCCGCUUUGUCACGCCCAUCUCGGGAUACAAGUGGACGCCGAAUAAGCACCAAGACAUUACUCUUAUCGCCGGAGGUGCGGGUAUCACACCCAUGUACCAAUUGAUUCAGGGCAUAUUGAACAAUCCCGAGGAGAAGACCCGCAUAACACUCGUGUUCGGCGUCAACACGGACGCCGACGUGCUGUUGAAGCCGGAGUUUGAGGACUUCGAGCGCCGGUUUCCGGGCCGUUUCAAGGCCAUCUACACCGUCAGCAACCCCAUCCCCAACUCUCCUUAUCCGAAGGGAUAUGUCACGAAAGAGCUCUUGGGCAAAGUCAUGACGGCGACUCCUGCGACAGAGAACACGAAAGUGUUUGUUUGUGGCCCGCCGGCUAUGGAGACGGCGCUUGUUGGGAACCGUAAGCAGCCGGGUGGUAUACUGGGAGAGCUGGGAUACACAAAAGAUCAAAUUCAUAAGUUUUAGUUUGAGAGGUCGCUUAUCGAACUGUUUCUUUUGUAAGGUCUCAGAGAGGCUGCUAGAUACCCAAUUCAUAGAAUGCAUGCACAGUUAUACAGACAAAAAGUUUUGUUGUUUUGGUUUUUGCGAAUAAGUGAAGAGCACAGAUGAGCAGCAAUCAUGAUCGGGAACGUAGUGUCAGGUAACCAAUUUCUCGAAGACUUCCAUGUUGAACGUGUUGGUGGUCAAUACGUCGCUUCGUGUACCAUAUCAAGGGGCACACGAAGGAGCGUUCAUGUAUAUAAGGGGAUUUUCCCACCUUACUCUUAUGAUAUAGAUUAGGUGAACGGAACGCUCAUAUACC